GCUGGCAGCGGAGCAGCCAUGGCAGAGGAACAGACCGAGCUGGAGGAGAGGAUCAUCAUCAAGGACCAGCACAUCAAGGAGAUCGACCUGGUGAACCGAGACCCAAAGCACAUAAACGAGGAUGUUGUAAAGGUGGAUUUUGAGGAUGUGAUAGCUGAGCCUGUGGGAACAUACAGCUUUGACGGCGUCUGGAAAACCAGCUACACCACCUUCACCGUCAGCAAGUACUGGUGCUACCGGCUGCUCUCUGCCAUCCUGGGCAUCCCCCUGGCAGUUGUCUGGGGCUUCCUCUUUGCCCUCAUCUCCUUCUGCCACAUCUGGGCAGUGGUGCCCUGCAUCAAGAGCUACCUGAUAGAGAUCCAGUGUGUCAGCCGAAUCUACUCCCUCUGCAUCCACACCUUCUGUGACCCACUCUUUGAGGCACUUUCCAAGAUCUGCAGCAACAUCAGAGUUGCUCUCCGAAGGGAGAUCUAGGUCCCUACAGCCACUCCAAGCAGCCCUCAUGCAACCACCCCUCUGCGCAGGUUCCCCUGGCUCCUGCAGCGUGCCCUGCCCUGGGGCACAGGGACAACCGUGCACAGGGACCUGCGCAGUGUGGUGGGACCCUGUGGCAAAGCUGGCUGGGGGGAUGCUCCCUGCAGACCAAGGCAUGCUGGGCUGCCCCUUGCUCCAUCUCAAAGCCAGCAGCUUUAGGAGAAGCCCAUCAAGCUUGGCGAGCAUCCCAGGGAGAGCCCUCUGCCCUCCAGGACCCCCAGCACUGUGCCCUGCUCCCAUGGGAGGGACAGCAGCAUCUCCUGGACCACAGCCCUCGGCCAUGGCCUGCAGCUGCAGAGCAAGAAGCAAGGGUGCGGAGAUGCUGCUGGACAACAGACCAAACCCCACCCGCUUCGCUAUGUCUCUGGUCUAGCAUGACACUAAGAUAAAUACUUGCAUUUGAAUUAUUACUUGCUGCAAAUAAUUGUUGUUGUGGAAGCUU